UACUCCAUAAUCUUCAUAUCCUAUCCUACUCUGUUUCUCCCUUUGACAUUUUUUUUUAAGAUGGAAAGGAACCAGUUGUUGAGGCAAAUCAGCAGCAUGAGACAAUCACUCUUUGAUCAGGGAUUCCUUGAUGAACAAUUUCUCCAGUUGGAGGAACUGCAAGAUGAUGCUAACCCAAAUUUUGUUGAGGAAGUUGUAACUUUAUGCUACCGUGACUCAUCUAGAUUAACCCUGAAAUUGGAGCAUGCAUUACAGAAGACCCCCCUAGACUUUAAACAGUUGGAUAGCUCUAUGCAACAGUUCAUGGGAAGCAGCUCAAGCAUUGGAGCAAAAAGAGUGAAAGCUCAGUGCACACUGUUUAGGGAAUACUGUAAGGCUGGAAGUGGGGAAGGAUGCCUUAGGACUUUCCAACAACUGAAAAAAGAACGUGCAGCUCUGAAAAAGAAGUUUGAAUCAUACUUUCAGCUGAAAAGGCAAGCUGGUCCAAGUCAAACUGCGAGUCGUCCCAAGUAAAGAAUGAUGGGCAACCGAAGGCCAAGGCUUCAAAUUUGAAUCGUUACAUUUCCUAGCAUGCUUAUGGAAAAUCAAACAUAUAAGGUGGCGUAGUGGGCUCUGAAUGUAAUGAUUUCAAUUUCAGAGCUAUGCCUUCAAUUACUUUGUAAAUGGAAGUGUAAGCAAGUCUUUGCCUCUUUUACAAUGUCGCUCUCCUGAUUGUCCAUCAGCCUAACAAAAUACGAUUCUUUUGAAAUAUCAGGGACUAUUUGGAAAGGUAGAGAUGAAUCUAAAAAAAUGACAAAAGCUAAGAUUAGAUGUUACCAAUAAUAGUGUGUAGAUGGUAUGCAUCUCUAAUCCGAGCUGAGAGGUUGUCCAACAUCGACAAACUUAAGAGAAAAUUAAACUU